CGUUUUCUUUAGGUUAAUCGUUCUGAUUUAUUAAUAUUUUCAACGAAUUGUGUUUUGUAAAAAUGAAUUCAUUAAAAAAAAUGCUAUUAAGACUAAGGACACACAGGUUUAGGACAUGUAUACGCUUUCAUAGCAGUAAAAAUAUUUUAAAACUCAGUGAACGAGGAAUGUAUCAAGACAUGUUUCCCAACAAUGCAGCCCAUGAAAUAAUAGAUAUUGUGUGCAAAUCACCUCAAUGUGUUUAUGCUGGUUUUGAUCCUACUGCGGAGAGUUUACAUGUUGGGAAUCUCCUAGUUAUUAUCAACCUUCUGCAUUGGCAAAGAGGAGGCCAUAAUGUUAUUGCUUUAAUAGGUGGAGCAACAGGACAUAUUGGUGAUCCCAGUGGCAAAACAUCAGAUAGAGUAGCUCUAGCAAUUGAUACAAUACAUAAGAAUGUACAUGGUAUUAAGAAAAACUUAGACACGGUAUUUGAAAAUCACAAAAAUUACAUUUGGAACAAAGAAGAAUAUAAACUUCAACCAAUUAAAAUAGUGAACAAUGAAUCUUGGUUUAGAGACAUUAAUUCUAUACAGUUUGUAAGUAAAAUAGGUUGUAACUUUCGAAUGGGUACAAUGCUUCUUAAACAAAGUGUCCACACCAGGAUAAACUCUGAAGCUGGUAUGAGUUUUACUGAGUUUGCAUACCAAAUAUUUCAAUCAUAUGAUUGGCUUCAUUUGUUGAAGAAUUACAACUGUAAAUUUCAGAUAGGUGGAAGUGACCAAAUGGGAAAUAUAAGUGCUGGUCAUGAGUUGAUAAGCAGGACUGCCAAAGAGAAUGUUUAUGGUUUGACUCUACCACUAGUGACAACUGAAGAAGGGGAUAAAUUUGGGAAAUCUGCUGGUAAUGCUAUUUGGUUAGACCCACAGAAGACUAGUCCGUAUAGCUUUUAUCAGUUCUUCAUAAGGACUAAAGAUUCAGAUAUUGAAAGACUGCUGAAACUGUUCUCAUUCUAUAGUUUAGGUGAAAUAAAAGAUAUUAUGUUCAAACAUAAAGAACAUCCAGAGCAGAGAUAUCCACAGAUGUGUUUGGCUGAUCAGCUAACAACUUUAGUCCAUGGAAAGGAAGGCUUACAGCAAGCUCUUAAGGCAACAGAAGCAAUGUACAGCAAAGAUGUUAAAUCACUUGUUGCUCUAAGCUCAGUAGAAUUGGAAGAAGUCUUCUCGGGAGCAACAGUUACAAAUAUUUUGCUGUCACCCGGUAUAACGGUACUGGAACUAGGAAUGAAAGCAAAUUGCUUUCCUACAGAAAGUGAUGCUAUGAGAAUCAUUCAAGCAGGUGGUUUUUACAUAAAUCAUCAAAGAGUAAAGAAAAUAGAUGAAGUCAUUACAGAGUCUGCACAUAUACUGCCAAACUUGAUGUCUCUAUUGAGAGUUGGUAAAAGGAAUUAUUACAUUGUUAAAUGGAAAAUAUAAUAACUAAAUAUAGUCAGAAG